AUGUACCCCAGUGUGCAAACUGUGGAAUACCUACUACUUCUUGAAACCUAUAACAGUCUUACAGACAAACACCUGGUUGGAUAUUUCAGCAAUGCCAGGAUAAGACGACACCUUCAGAAAUCAGGACUGAUCUCAAGGAGUGGCAGAAUCAUACCUGAGAGGGAAUACCGCCUCAAUGCCAUGAGGAGGGAGCGGCAGAGACACGCCCAGCAGUGCUUGGCCGAUGCCAUUUUCCGAAAAGUCCUCGACAUGGAGAUCUCAAGGAGUGGCAGAAUCAUACCUGAGAGGGAAUACCGCCUCAAUGCCAUGAGGAGGGAGCGGCAGAGACACGCCCAGCAGUGCUUGGCCGAUGCCAUUUUCCGAAAAGUCCUCGACAUGGAGCGCCAUCGCCAGCUGGGGAGGAGAAACAAACUUGGCUGUACUGGGGGGAGAGACAGGAUGCAGCCAGACAAGUUGGAUCACAUCCGAGAAUCCCUGGAGGAAAUCAUCCACGUGCACUGCCCACACCCACCUCUGGCUCCCAGGCACCAUCACGGGCUCUGCCCUUUGGUGACUGCAGAAGAAUCUUGCUGCUCUCAAUGUAGGCUGCCUGGACUUGGAGUUGGUUGUUGUGUUGGACAUUGUGCUCAUCCUCACCGAAUCAGGGAGACUUUCUCCUCUAAGGUGAGUUCCCUGUGGCCGAGCCCCGCUGCAGGAGAUGCCCUGAGUUCAGGAGCAGCUCCAGAAGGAUGCCCUGGGUUAGGAGCAGUUCAGAAGGAUGCCCUGGCCCGGACAGCGCUCAGGGGCCCCCUGCCCCCCGAGAGGCGCCUGCAGCCCACCACCGCCUUCAACGAGCAGCUGCUCAUCCGGAACACUCGAGGGUACCCCAAGUCCCCGCUGUGCAGCAAUGCCUUUGUCACCAUGGUCUACCUGGGAAGGAGUAAGCACGUGUCCCUUGGCUACAAGGACGAAGUCAAAGUCUACCAGCAAUACUGUGGAACAGAGAACAUUUGUGUCUACAAGGGCGAGCUGAUGGAAGGAGACACCUUCCAGUUCGUGUCCAAGCGGCACCUGGGCUUCCCGUUCAGCCUGACGUUCGUGCUGAACGGGACGGAGGCGGAGCGGCUGAGCAGCUGCUGCGAGUACCGGCACCUGCGGCGCGGCAGCGGGAGCAGGAGCGGGAACAGGAGCGGGAACCGGAGCGGGAGCAGGAACAGCUACUUCAGGGUGCUGCACGUGGCGGGGGCCCCGCCCUGCUACAGGUGCAUUGUUGCCAUGGGCCUGGACAAAAAGCCAUCCCCUCCCAAGAGGAAGGGCAGAUCCUGUGAGGUGAAGCACGUGUGUCCCUGUGGAUGUGCUGUGUGCUGUGAACUGUGUGACAGCAGCACCGAGCCCAAAUCCACGGCAGAGUCAGCCUCAGUCACCAGCCGGAGCCACGGGACCAGCGCAGAGACGGUGCAGAGGACGCUGGAGACUGAGGAGGAGUCCAGCGAGGAGGAAACAGAAAACCAGUGCUGUGAGGAGAGCGAGGAGUGCGAGGAGAGCGAGGAGUGCGAGGAGAGAGAAGAGAGUGAGGGAGACACCAGCAAAGAAGAAUAUGACGAAGAUUUUGAAGCAUAUGAAGAAGUUAAUGAAGAGGGGCAGACUGGUGAUCAAGUGAAUGGCAUGGCAGAGGCACCCUCAGAUGAUAAGAACCACGAUUUAGACUCUGGGAAGGAGAGUGAGGCCUCGUGCCAGGAGGCUCUGGGGGCCUGUGACAGGGAGGAGGAUGGAAGCGAUGGGUGCUCUGGAGGCAGGGACUCCGAAGGUGAUCCACAAGAGAGGAGGCCUGCAGACUCUCUCUCAUCCAUGAGCGCUCAGGGCAGCACUGGGGCUGACUCUCAUGCUGAAAUGAUGGCAGACAAUGUGAAUGGCAAAGAGGACUGCAAUUUCAAAAGUACAUCUGAUAGUGCAGCACAUGCACACUAUGGAAACGAGAAUGGGGAGAAGAAACUGCUCAGAACGGAGGAAAAUCAGGAGAUUUCUGCACUGGAAAAGAAAGGAAUAGAUGAAGCAGAAAAGACAAAACCAGAAGAUCUGACAGCAAGGAAAGAUACAAGAAUUUCUCACGAAAACAUAAUGGCAAUGCAGCAUCCAACUCCUGGGGUUAAUGGGGAAUUCAAACAGCCUGGACCAGGAGGAAGUGGCACGAACGAGGAGGACUGUCCUGCAGUGCCCUGGGGAAGCAGGGCACCGGGCACGGAGGGGGGCAGCGAGGAGAGUCCUCGGGGUGAGGAAGGAGGGGGUUUUGAAGGUUGCAAACCAGUCCAGGAGGAAAUAGCAAAAGCAAGUGGAAGUGAUCAUCCUAUGAAUUCUUACCCUGAACCUGGUGAUUCGUGUGCCACUGAGGAAGAAAAGAACGCAGCAAAUACAGAGCGUGGUGCCAGUGGAGCACCGGAUGGAAGCUCCUCGGCAGCGGGACAAGCGGCACGAGAAGGGCGGGGGACAGCGCAGGGACGAGCCCUGGAGCAGGGCGGUGCCGAGGGACCUGCCGGCAGCGGAGAGGCCGCAGGAGAGGCUGCAGGGGCCGGAGGAGAAGAUGCACGGGCCGGAGCAGAAGCUGCAGGGGCCGCAGGAGAGGCUGCAGGGGCCGGGGAUUCGCUGCCCCAGGCGGGCACCGGGGCUGCGCUGCGCGAACCCGCACCUGAGGAAGGCGCCGCGGCACAGGAACACCCCAAAGGAAAGGGAACAGGGGAGGCGGGGGGACCGGGCACAGGGCAGGCAGGGGGACCGGGCACAGGGCAGGCAGGGAGGUCAGGAACAGGGGAGGCAGGGGCACCGGGCACCGCGGUGUCACCCGGGGAGCAGCAGGUGCUGCCGGAGCCCGUGGACAGAGAGGUGCCACUGGCAGAGGCUGGGGGACAGGGGCCAGCUGGGGCACUGCCAGGGUGGGGGGCACACACGGGGCUGCAGGGGGCCGGGGGCAGCACUGAGGAGGAGGAGGAGGCUGCAGAGGAAGGGCUCAGAGCAGCAGAGGAGCAGGCGGGUGAGGCAGGGCAGUGCCCAGGGCAGGGGGCGAGGGACACGGCGGCGGGCGCCGUGACACGGGCAGAGCGGGCUGCGGAGCGCGGUGGCCGGGCAGCAGGUGACACUGCCAUCGGCCCUGAACAAGAAGAGAGUGCUGGAGAGGGCAUUGCUGAAGGGGAGGGGGCUGUGUGGCAGCCUGGGACUCUCUGGGAAGCACUAGGGGAUAGAGAAACAGGACAAGCAACGCCCGGAGAGGAAGGGUUUGUAAAGCCGGCUGAGUUUUCCCAGCUGAACGCGUCAGGGGAAGAGUGGGCGGAGAUGGGGAAAGCCGGAGCAGCAGCACCUGAGGGUGCCCAGGGACGGGAGGAGGGAGGGAACGCUCUCCGGAGAGUGGAGGACACGGUGGAGCCUGACGAGGGUCCUGUACUGGAAGUGACACCUGGGUUGGGGGCACUGGGGGGUGCUCGGGGGGAUCCUGGCACCGAAGGGUCACCGCCGCUGCCGGCAGAGCAGGAGGAGGAGGAGGAGGGUGCAGCAGAAACACUUUGGGAUGGCCCAAAGUCUGGGAGCAGCGAAGCAGAGACACAGAGAGCAGCGGAAGGAAAACCCGGGGCAGAGGUGGUGGGGGGGUCUGCAGGGGCGGGCUGGGGACGGGAGGAGGAGAUUCUGGAGGCACUGGCGGAGCCCGGGGAGCGCUCGGCCUCCCUGCUGCUCUGGAGCUCGCCUGUUCCCUACCUGAGCUUCUGCAGCUCGGCCGGGGGAGCAGAUCAUCAUCUGCCCAAUUAG